AUGUGUCUCGAUUGUGUUAAUGAUUAGCAAUUAUGGUAAAAUUCUUUAAGAUGCACAUAAAUUUAUUCUUAAGACGAUCAACAGCAACUUAUAAUAAAAUCCUCUAACUUUAACUUUGAAAUUGAUCCAGAUAAAAAAAUAUUAAGACUAGCUUAAGUAGCCUAACAAUAAUGCUAAAACUCCUUUUAUUUAUCUUCAUAAGAAAGUUUAAUUUGUAAAAAUUGUCCUGAAGGAUGUAAAUCCUGCUAAGUUCAAAGUUCAUAAUUUGUAUGUACAGAAUGUGAUUAAGGAUUUCUAUUGCAAGAUAAUAAAUGCUUGCUGUGCUCCACUUUCAUAUCAAAUUGUGUAUCUUGUGGUUAAAAGAAUAAUGUUAUUUAUUGCUAAAGUUGUUAAAACUCUUAAUAAGGAAUAUAACUUAUACCAUCAGUAGAUUUAAAGAGCUGUAUUUCUUGUGAUCAAACAGAGUCUGGUAAUUCUCAGUCUUCAUUUUGUAAUAAAUGCUCUUUUAGAAAUUCUGAAGGAACUUAGAUAAAUUAUUUGAACUAAUCAAAAGCUCUUUACAGUUCAUAAAGUGAUAAUAAUUAAAUUUAAGAAAAUACUUAAUAUUAAUUGUAUUGCGACUAGUGUUAAUAGGAUUAUUUUUUAAAUAGCUAUUACCAAUGUUCUAAAUGUAUUUAAAAUUGUGAAAUUUGUUAUUAAGGGGAUAUAACAGAAGAUAUUUAAAACCCAUAAAGUUAUUAUACUCUUCAAUAUAAAUAUAAAAAAUAUAAAAAUGAUUCUUUUAUAACAAAAUGCCUAAAAUGUAAAGAUGGCUUCUUUUUACAGAAAAGCUCUUCUUUGCAAGAUGAAUAAUGCUUACCAAAUAAUUAGUUAUAACCUUAACAAAAUAUAUAAAAUUGUGCGCACAUUGUAAUUUAUAAUAAUGUUUCUUCUUGUAGAUAUUGCAUUAACUCGGGAUAAAAAGUCGGAUCAAAUAAAUGUAAUAUUUCUUUAGACUAAUAUUUAAAAGAUACUAAAUGCAUUAGCUUUUAUUAAAGUAAUGAUAACUUAAAUUAUUGUGAUUUAUGUUUGGAAGGGUACACUCCAACUCCACUAGGAUGCUUACCUUGCAAUAAAGAAUCUCGUUUUUGUUCUCAGAUUUCACUUUAAAGUGGAUAAAAUAAUCUAUUUUCAAUUAUUUAUUUGUAGUUAUUUAAAAAAAUGUUCACACAAUAUGAAGAACAAAAUUAUGUGGCUUUUUUUUAAUUAAAAGAAGGCUUAGUUGAUAUUACUUGCUUAAAUGGUAUGAAUCCAGUUGAUAAAAAAUGCUAUGUUUCAGAAUGCUCACAAUCAAGCUGCUUUAAAUGCAAUUUUGAUUAAUUUGGCAAAGAAUUCUGUGAGAAAUGCAGAGAUAUAGAUCCUUUAAGAAAUGAAUAGUAGGAUUUAAUAUUUAAACCUUCUUCAGUAUCAAGAAAACAAGUUAAAUCUGACCUAUUUGAUUGUACCACGUGUGAUAGGUAUUGCAAUUAAUGUAUUAAAAGAUCAUAAUCAGAAAUAUCAUAGAUUAAUCCUUACUUUACUCUAAACUAUCCUAGUACCUAGCUUUAAGGAUAUUAUUAAACUUUCACUUAAAAGUGCCUUCAGUAUAGGCCUUUAGAUUAACAAUGCUCUCAGAUAAGCUAAGAGAAUUAGCUGUAAGUUACAUAAAGUGUAAAAUGCUCUAAAGAAAUAAACGAUUAAGGAAUUUAUUAUAACCCUAAAUUUAAUAGAUUUACUGUUUGCAAAAAUGAUUAAAUUUCAUGUAAGAAGUCAAUCAAGUUUGCUAAAGUAAUUGAUUGUUCAAAUAACCCUAAGCUUCUAAAAUUAUCUGAUGCCUAUAAUAAAGAAGAGUUUUUGGCAGAUCCUAAUAUUUACAAGAUAUCAAGCAAAAGCUCUUUAGAUUUUAGCAGCAAAAUAGUAUUGGAUUUUUCUGAAUAUGAAAAUAUUCCUUACUUAACCACUGUAUUGAAUGAAGAAUUGAUAACUAAUUUUGAAUACAUCAUUUAUGUCAUACCUGAUUCUGAUAAUACUUGCUACAUUAAGAAUGACUUCACAGUAAAAUCAUAAUUAGCAGGUAAGGUUUUUGCUGUAGAAGAAAUAUCUUUAAAACUAGUUCCUUUAGUCAAUGGAUAAGUUGAAGAGGAUUUUAUUUUAAAUUUAUAAAUGUCUGAAAGUGUAAAUAUCGAGGGAUUCUCAAAAAUUAUAGUUAAAAAUUUAGUUAUGACUGAUUCAUAAAUAAAUGAAAAUUAGAUAAAUACCUUCUUUGGUAUAAAUUUGAGUAAAAACUUGUUUAAAUCAGAAGUUGAGUUCAAUAAUGUAAAAUUUUUAAAAAAUAAAUAAACCACUCAAGUAUAAGGAGCUCCUGCUAUAUUUCCUUAAAAUAUAUUACAUAAUAUAAAAAAAUUAACAAUCAAUGAUGUUAUUUUAGAAGAUUGGGAAUAUAGCAAAGACAAUAAUCCUUUUUUAUUUGAUGAUUAUAACCAAGAAUUAUUUUAAUUUGAAGCAGAUAUUUCGUUUUUAUAAAUUAUCAAUGUAAAAUUUACAGGAAAGACAGUAUUUCCAAUAGUCAAUCCAUUAUCUGAAAUUAAUUUUAAUGAUAUUACUCUUGAUAAUGUUAAAUUUAUAAAUUCAACAUUAAGCAGUGAUUAAGCCAUUCCUUUAAGCAAUUUAGACUCAAUAAUAGAAGUUAAAGUAUAAAAUCUAAAUAUUGUUUCAAGUUUAUUGGAUGGGUCAAGCUUAUUUUAAUAUCAAAAUGACUUUCUAAACUUAGUUUUGAAUACAAUUAAAAUUGAUUAAACCAAUAAAUUUGCUAAUGGAAAAGGCAUAUCUCUAAUCUAAACAAGAAAAUUAUAAGCUUUUAAUAUUAAUCUAGGCUGUAGUGACUGCGAAGAUGAGUAAUUAGAUUUUAAUUGGUAUAGAUUAAUAUAAAUUCCAGAUUUACAAGAUGUAUAAAAACAAAAAUAAACAUAAUCCUAGUCAAUAUUUUCAGUUUAAUCUGUAUUUAUCAACCAAACCAUAUUUAGAUAAAAAUCUUUUCUCAUUAAUGUACCUUUUAUCCCAUUAAAGACAUCUCACUUGAUCCAUAUUGUCACUUUAAAUAACAUUAUUUUCUCAUAUAUUUAAUGUAAGGGAACGAACUGUAUGGAUGGACUUAAUGCUAUUCUAGUUAGUGGAGUAUAAGAAGCAAGAAUCAAUAAUAUUUAAAUUUAAGAUAGUAUUGGCUUUUAAUUACUAAAGGUUUCAAAUUCCAAAAUUAUGGAAAUUUCUUCAGUGACUUGCUCAAAUUAAAAUUUGGAAAUUUACAUAAUUUCUACAUGUUUAAUUGUAUAAAAUUACUUUAUUUAUGCCAAAAUUACAAGUGUUAAUGUUUACUAUGUAGAAACACAAUCACAGAUAAAUCAAGAAGAUCCAUCUCUUUUUUCUGCAUAAGAAAUAAAGUAAUACUUUGAUUCUUAAGCAGAUUUGUAAAAGAUAAUUGCUGAACACUUUGAAAACUAACUAUAAAAUAGUUCAAUCCUAUUUAUUGAAGAUUUAAUAUUAUAAGAUGUAAGCAUAACUCUGAAGCCAAAUUUUUUAGGACCUACUAUUGGUGGAUUAAUGAUUUAAAAUGUUAUACCAAAUAGAUCCCUAAUUAAAUAAUUAAAUAUUACAAAUGUAUAGGCUAUUAAAGAAGAAAAAGAAAUCUAGGAUAUUGUAAUUGGAAUUUAUUAUACAUCUACUAAUGAUGUAGUAGUUUUGGAUUAGUGUAAAAUUUUAGGUAUAAUUACGGGAAAUUACAAAAUUGUUAAUUACAUCGAUUCUAAAACAAUAAGAAUCAAAAGUAGCGACUUUAGAGAAUCUAAGAAUAACGAUGAUAAUACAUAUACGUUAAUUAAAGGAGGAUUUUUUAAUAUUUUAACAUAAGAUCUGCUUGUAAAAUCUACCAAUUUUAUCAUAUCUGAAGCAAAUUAUGGAGGUGCUUUGUAUAUUUCUAAUAACUAAAAAGCUGUGAUUAAUAUAUAAGGACCUAAAACAAAUUUUUUUGUAAACAGUGCAAUAUAGCAAGGAGGAGCUAUUUUUAUAGACUCAUAAAAUGACAUUAAUAUAAACAUAAGCGAGAUUAUAGUAGAUGGUAUAAUCGCUAAUAAUGCAGGAGGAUUUUUUUAUAUGAAAGCUGACGGGGAAACUUUUAUCACUAUUGAAAAUUCUUAUUUUAAAAAUUGUUUUUGCGAAUAAGGAAGCAUUAUCAACGCAAAUACUGAAUUAAUAUCAGGCUCAAUAAAUGUGGUAUAUAAUAACAAUAAUUUUACAAGUCCUAAAAAAUAUGAAUCACAUAUUUUUUUUGAUAAUGAUAUAAAGCAAGGAGCUAUGUUUUAUCUUUUAAGGGCUAAACUAACAAUUUCAAAUAGUUUAUUUAAAAGUAUUUAUUUUAACAGUCCUAUUGUUUAUCUUUAUGGCGGAAAGUAUGUAGAAAUAAAUAACACUUAUACAGAUAUAGAACUGAAUAAUCCACCUUUAUUUUUUCUAUAAUAUUCCUCUGUCAAAAUUAAUAAUCGUGGAAACCAGAGUUAAAUAAAUACUUAUAAAGAUAUUAGAUUAAUGUGUUUAAAAGAAAAUAAAUGUUAAGUAAUUGGAAUACAAAGUAUAGCAUCCCUAUACUCAAUCGAUUAACCUGCAAGAUCUCCUGAAAUACAUAAUUUGGUUUUCUAAGAUAUCAAAUGUAAUUAAUGUGGUUUAAUAUUUAACACUAUAUACCUAAAAGCUAGCAGGAUGAUAAUAACAAAUAGCACAUUCAUAGGAAAUCAACUAUUUUAUUCCCCCAUUUAAGUUAUUUCUGCUCAAUCAAAAGCACUUAGAAUUCUAAAAAAAUAACAAGAAUAAAAUACUUUUAAAAUAUCAAAAUUUUCAAUGAAUGCUUUAAAUAAUUUGAAUCAAAGAAAUCUUUAAGAGAAUAAAUGGUUUAUAGAUGAUGAUUUGAUUGAGUUUGAUUUAAAGAUAGAUAAAUGUACGUUUUAAUCAAAUAAAGUAGAAUUUAAUGGAGGUGCUAUUACUGCAAAGGAAAUUAACAUUCUAAUUACUAAUGUAAAAUGUAUAGGAAACGAAUCUAAAUCUGAAGGUGGAUGUAUCAAUUACAGUACUGAAAACAAAUUUUAGAAAAACAAAUUUCUUUUAGUAAAUACUUAAAUUGCAAAAAAUAUAGCUUAUGCUGGAGGAGGUGUAAGAGUAAUUGGCACUGAGGCAAUUUAGAAAAAUUUUACUGAAAUUAAGAAUAAUGUAGCUAAAAGGUAUGGUUAAGAUUAUUUGUCCUAUCCUAUGGGUAUUUCUAUUAGUCUCAAUAAAAAUGGAGUUGAAAAAGAACUUGGUAGAAGCUUUGGUAAAACUGUUAUUGAUGUUGAUAAUUGGGUAACAGGUUAGGAUGAAAAAGUAAAUGGAUACUUUGUAAUUUAAUUUUUGGAUAUUAACUCAAUAUAAAUGAUUGUUCCAGAUGCCUAAGUAGAAGUAUCUUUAGACGAUAGUGAAUUAAGCGAUCCUGCAUCCAAAAUUGAUGGAAUAAAAUCUUUUUCUUCAAACAAUUAAGGAUCUUAAGUUGUGUUAAAUGAUAUCGUAUUUAAAAAGCAACCCUUAAAAAAUUUAUCAGUGAAAGUGAAGUCUAAUACAAUCAAAUAUCCAGUUUACGAUUAACUAACAGGAUUUUUAGAUAGCUAUGAUACGAAUUUUUAUUUUAUCUUGAAUAUUAAAAUGAGAGAAUGUCUAGUAGGUGAAGCAUUCUUUGAUAUCUCUGGAGAAUGUAGAUUGUGUGAUAAGGAUUAUUAUUCUUUACACAAUUCAUCAACUCAGUGCUUGGAAUGUCCUAAAGUAGGAGUAGAUUCUUGCGAUGGAGGUAAUAAGCUUAAUUUACAAUCCGGCUAUUGGAGAUUAAUGGAUGACUCAGACUUAAUUGAGAAAUGCGAUGAAUACUCUUCUGGGUGUCUUGGAGGAUAUCUCUCUGGAAAUUAAUCCUGUAAAAAAGGAUAUAUUGGAGCUUUAUGCUAGAGCUGUGAUAUAUAUGGAAAUGUUUGGGGGGAGAGAUACUCAAAAAACAGUUCAUAUACAUGUAAAAGUUGUAAAGAAUUUGCAAAUAAUUUAAUCAAACUACUUGCUCUAGGAAUUUUCGUUUUUCUAAGUUUAUUUUUAUCAAUAAGAGGCUAGAUCAACUCUAUGGAAGCUUUCAAGCACAUAUACUACUUGAUAAAAUUAGGAUUUUUAAAACCUGGUAAAACUACUAUGCAAGAAAGUUAAGUUGCUAUUGUAGUAAAAAUAUUGACAACUUAUGUUUAAAUUAUUGGCCAUCUAUAAAAGUUUUAAAUUAAAUUACCAACCGGAUUAGAUGAGUUUGUUAAUGUUAUAGGAAACCCUGUUAGGCAAGUUAGUCACAGUUUAGACUGCUAGAUUGUUUUGACUUCUGAUAAUAUUCCGAUAGUUUAUGAACUGAUAUCAACUAUGGCAUGCACUUAUAUUUCUGGAUUGUAUUUCAUUAAAGCUGAUUAUAAUUACAUGUGCUAUGAUGAUACUUAUUAUAAUUGGACUCUAACUUUAGUCUUGCCAUUUUUUAUCUUCUGGUGUUUACUUUGUCCUCUUAUUCUUUUUGUCAAGUUGUAUAUAAAUAGAAACAACUUAUAAAAUCCUCUAUUUAAAGAAAAAUUUGGCUAUCUUUAUAAUGAAUACAGGGUAGGCGCAUUUUACUGGGAACUCUUUAAAACUUUGAUUAAAAUUCUUAUCGUAGUAGUAAUAGAGUUCUAUUCAUCAUUUAUAUACAUAAAAGUUAAUGGUAGUUUUAUUUUAAAAAUUUUAAUCAAUUUGAUGAGAGAAUUUACCAUUAAAUUCUAUUAAAAUGUGGAUAGAUAUAGAUAAAAGCUCCAUCAAUAUUUCCCAAGACUUUCAAAGGUUUUAAAAAUAAGCAAAGUUACUUUAGCUAGAAAGCAGCAAUUAUGGGAAAUUUUAAGAUCUCAUGUAUACAUCUUUAAGAAGAACAAGAAAAUAAUUAAGCUAUAGCAGCAAUCUUUUGAUAACUUAAACUUAUUCAAUAAAUUUUAACCACUUAACAUAGACACAUUUAAAAGUUCAACUCCUUCGACUUUAAACAGAUAUCCACCCCUUAAACAAAAAUCAGCAAACACUUAAAAUUAAGAAAUUAAAACGAGUAUCUUUAAUUAACAAAAUACUUUAACAUAAAAAAAAGAUCAGGAAAUUGAAAUCUUGUAAACAUCAUGCCUAGAAAUACCUAACGAAAAUCCAUAAUUUUCAGAUAAGUCUUCAAAAAGAGAUUUUAUUAAGUUUAGUUAAUUUCCAAGCAAUUAAUAAAUAACAACAACUUAGAGAUUUAAUGAAUUAAUGAACUCAGAAAUAAAUAUUGAGUUUUAAAAAUUACAACAUUAAUAAAGCUAAAAUAACAAAUGA